AUGGGUAGAGAUCACACCUCCAAGCAGCACAUCAGAUCCGGCCACAGAAAGGCCCCAAAGUCGGAGAACGUUUACCUCAAGUCUUUGGUGAAACUGUACUCCUUCUUGGCUCGCCGUACCGAUGCUCCAUUUAACAAGAUCAUCCUGAAGUCUCUGUACCUUUCCAAGAUCAACAGACCACCAGUUUCUGUCGCCAGAAUCGCCAGAGCUCUGAGACAGCCAGGCGCCUCCGACAAGAUUGUUGUUGUUGUUGGAACCGUCACCGACGACUCCAGAGUGCUUGAGUUCCCAAAGGCCACUGUUGCCGCCUUGAGAUUCACUGCUGGCGCCAAGGAGACCAUUCUGAAAAACGGUGGUGAGACCCUCACUCUCGACCAGCUGGCUCUUAGAGCUCCAACCGGUUCCAACACCUUGACCAUCAGAGGUCCAAGAAAAACCAGAGAGGCCGUUAGACACUUCGGCUUCGGCCCACACAAGGGCAAGGCUCCAAGAAUCCUGUCCAAGGGCAGAAAGUUCGAGAGAGCCAGAGGUAGAAGAAGAUCCAGAGGUUUCAAGGUCUAG